AUUCGCUCGACGUUGCACAACAUGCUGUUUUCAAUGUUUGAAUGUCUCAAACUCCUUUCUUUUGUAUCACAGCUUCCAGAUGUCGGCGACAGACUCCACACCUCACACUCUUACGUCGGACUUCCUGGCCUCGCAUCUUGAUGGAAUGAGGGAUCUGCAUCGGCUGUAUCGAGAUGCGGAUCAGCAAACAGGGUUAUCUCAAUAUUCUUGCGACCGGUGCAAACAGAGGAAGCUGCGGUGCUCACGAGCACUACCAUCAUGUGAUAAUUGCAAGUCAUGGAAUGGGGAAUGCGUGUAUUCCAGGCACGGCAAGAUACGAAGACGGCCCCGAUCGAACAUAGCUCGGAACACUGGGGCAGCAAAGUCCCAGCCACAAGCUGGCUCCCAGAUUCCACAACCAAUUUCCUUCAAUCCAAAUUCCUCUGCCUUUCAAGCUUCAUCAAGAGACAACCCGAAAACAACGCAGUAUGGGACGGGAAGCAGUGAUGAUGAUCUCGAAUCGAAGUCACGCUCUGGAAGAAUACUCGAAGAUGACACAGGCCAAGCUUUCUACGUCGGACCUUCUCCCAUCGCAACCUUUCUUUCACAAGCUAACAGCAAUAUUGGAAAGGUGAUGAAUGAUGUUCGGGAUAGUGGAUUGCAUCAGAAUGCCGAGGAGAGUCUUGCUGAUCUCUCGAGCACCUUUGCUGCUGUUUCGUUUCAAGAUGCUAGCGAAGUCCGAAAGAAUGUUCGAAAACUCAAAAGAAGCAGCGAGGUAUUCUUUAUACCAGAAAAAGAUGAUGGGGAGUAUUUGAUUAACUUAUUCGAUGAAACAAUGAGCAAAGGCUCCCCUUUCUUUCGAAAGCCCCCUAAGGAUCUAUUAUCAAAGAUCGUGUUUGAGCCAUCCGCGGUCAAGGAAAGAGGAUGGUUGCUACUUUACAACGUCGUUAUGUCUACCGAUCUUGCCCUCAUGACGCCACCAAACUUGCGACUCAGCAAGUGUCUACAAUGGAAUACAUGGAUGCUGAUUGAAGACUCAAGCAUCUUUCUGGAGCCAAGCGAGAUCAACAUUCAAGCUCUGGUUAUUCUUGCUGCUCACGGACAAGAGAUCACGACUCCAAGCCUCUGCUGGACACUAAUGACCCAUGCUUGUCAAAUGGCUCAAACUCUAGCUCUACAUCUCCCAAUCCCUCGACUACCGCAAAAGCACAAAGAUAAUCAAUACAGGAACUGUUUGUUCUGGGGAUUGUUUAUAGUCGACAAAGCACUGGCAUUGUCUGUUGGAAGGCCUCCUCUUCUCCCUACAUACCUGUACAGGAAUGCUCGACCGCCAGAUCCAGCAACCCUCUCUCUGUAUAGGCCUCAUAGACAUAUCCUUGGAGCUGUGGAAUCUCCAGAAGACUCGAUUCUUUAUGACUAUGGAGGCUUCCACAUAGCGCAGAGUCUCGAGCUUGCCAAGUUUCAAGGCCAAGUCUCUGAUUUGAUGUACAACGACCGCGAGACCAAUGCUGCUAAAACUUUGGAGUUGAAGAGAGAACUGGAUCAAUGGAUGGAAAGAAUUCUCACUUCAACUUAUCAUCAGAUACAAAAUUGCAAAUCGCCGCAAGAAGAAGAAGUCAAGCUGGGGAUUAAUAUCCAGAAGUUCCAAUACCAUCAUUUGGUUGCAUAUCUUACAAGAGGGGACAAAGACAGCGGGGAUACAUGUCUGGAAGCGGCAAGAGCUGCAAUUGGUCUUUUGGAAUACCUGGUAUCAAGCUCCCGACAAGUUUUCAAUGGUAUCAUUUGGCAACUUCUCUACCAGCCCUUCACCCCAUAUUUUGUUCUUUUCUCGAACAUAGUCUCCAAUCCUACCUCCUCCACCUGCUACAAAGACAUCCAAUACCUACGACAAGUCGUCCUAUACUUCCUACAAAUGAACAACAAUCACCCGUCGGCUGGAAGAUUGGAAAAGGUGGCAGAGACUUUCACCAGGCUCGCAGAGACUUAUGUCCGGCAUGUAAGACGACGAAAUGACGAGAUCAUACCUCCUCCCAACUUAAGCCUCUUCCCUAAAGCGGUUUACGAAAAUGCUGUCUCGACUCAUACAAGCGAAACUUCUACACCAGAAUCACUACUCAGAACUCCCGAAUACAACAACAUUCCUUCCAUCGAUUUUUCCUCUCUACCUGCCCUCCCUCCUCUCGAUCUCAAUUCCACAACCAACUACAAUUUCGACGACAUGCCAUCCGACCCAAUGGCUCUCCUCAACUUCUUCUCGCCAUCAUACGAAAUGGGCAUGCCACUCAGCGACAUUGCUGAUGAGCAGCAGGAUACUACAAUGGGAGAUCAGGAUAUACUGUUCAGGGAAUUGAAGAGCUUCCAGCAGAAUGGUGCACUGGAUGGGACGUUUGAUUGGUUCUCUUGGGAUCUGUAUGAUAGUUCUGUGCCAUGAAAUUUUUGGGGUUUUCUGAGGCAAACUGAGGCUUGUGGUGUCAAUAAAUAUCUGGUGAUAGAAAUGGGACUUGCGAGCUGUGAAUUGAACUUUUAUUAGGUUG